ACUUACAGAGUCGUCUUAAUUUUAGCUGGAGCUCAGACACUAUAUGUGUUCCUGUUUAGUUAAUUCCGUCCCACAUUACUUUAUUCCUGUUAAAACAUAAACAACUGACUUUGGGAAAAGAAUUAAUAUUCAAAAUGGCGACGAAAACGGGUCUGAAGACGAUCGCCAAUGAGGAGAAUGAAGAGAAGUUUGGUUACGUAUAUGCAGUGUCCGGUCCUGUUGUGACAGCACAGAAAAUGUCUGGUUCUGCUAUGUACGAGUUGGUGCGCGUCGGGUACAAUGAGCUGGUCGGUGAGAUCAUCCGUCUUGAGGGCGACAUGGCCACUAUUCAAGUAUAUGAGGAAACAUCAGGUGUGACGGUAGGAGACCCCGUACUACGUACAGGCAAACCUCUAUCAGUGGAGCUCGGUCCUGGCAUUCUUGGGUCUAUUUUCGACGGUAUCCAGCGCCCUCUAAAGGACAUCAAUGAACUCACUCAGUCCAUUUAUAUCCCUAAAGGUGUCAAUGUGCCAUGUCUCGCUAGAGACCAUGCCUGGGAGUUCAACCCGCUCAAUGUUAAGGUGGGGUCUCACAUCACAGGGGGUGAUCUGUACGGUAUAGUUCAUGAGAAUACACUUGUGAAACACAAGAUGCUGAUUCCGCCCAAAGCGAAGGGAACGGUCACAUACAUCGCACCCGCAGGCAACUACAAUGUCACUGACGUGGUGCUGGAGACGGAGUUCGACGGCGAGCGCGCGGCGUACAGCAUGCUGCAGGUGUGGCCCGUGCGGCAGCCGCGGCCCGUGACGGAGAAGCUGCCCGCCAACCACCCGCUGCUCACGGGCCAGCGCGUGCUGGACUCGCUGUUCCCCUGCGUGCAGGGCGGCACCACCGCCAUCCCCGGCGCCUUCGGCUGCGGCAAGACCGUCAUCUCGCAGGCGCUCUCCAAGUACUCCAACAGCGACGUCAUCAUCUACGUCGGCUGCGGCGAGCGAGGUAACGAGAUGUCCGAGGUACUGCGGGACUUCCCCGAGCUGACCGUGGAGAUCGACGGUGUGACGGAAUCUAUCAUGAAGCGUACGGCGCUCGUCGCCAACACGUCCAACAUGCCGGUAGCCGCCCGUGAGGCCUCCAUCUAUACAGGCAUCACCCUGUCGGAGUACUUCCGCGACAUGGGCUACAACGUGUCCAUGAUGGCGGACUCCACGUCGCGUUGGGCCGAGGCGCUGCGCGAGAUCUCGGGCCGCCUGGCGGAGAUGCCGGCCGACUCGGGCUACCCCGCCUACCUGGGCGCGCGCCUCGCCUCCUUCUACGAGCGCGCGGGCCGCGUCAAGUGCCUCGGCAACCCCGACCGCGAGGGCUCGGUAUCGAUAGUGGGCGCCGUGUCGCCCCCCGGCGGCGACUUCUCGGACCCGGUGACGGCGGCCACGCUCGGCAUCGUGCAGGUGUUCUGGGGCCUCGACAAGAAGCUCGCGCAGCGGAAGCACUUCCCCUCCAUCAACUGGCUCAUCUCCUACAGCAAGUACAUGCGCGCGCUCGACGACUUCUACGAGAAGAACUACCCCGAGUUCGUGCCCCUCAGGACCAAGGUCAAGGAGAUCCUCCAGGAGGAAGAAGAUUUAUCAGAAAUUGUCCAGCUGGUCGGUAAGGCGUCCCUCGCGGAAACUGACAAGAUCACCCUCGAGGUCGCCAAACUGCUCAAAGAUGACUUCCUCCAACAGAACAGCUACUCGUCGUACGAUCGUUUCUGUCCGUUCUACAAGACGGUGGGCAUGUUGAAGAACAUAAUAUCGUUUUACGACAUGUCGCGACACGCCGUCGAGUCCACCGCGCAGUCCGACAACAAGGUCACCUGGAACGUGAUCCGCGACGCCAUGGGCACCGUGCUCUAUCAGCUCUCGUCCAUGAAAUUCAAGGACCCAGUGAAAGACGGCGAAGCUAAGAUCAAGUCAGAUUUCGAUCAACUACUCGAGGAUAUGUCUGCCGCCUUCCGCAACCUCGAGGACUAAAUUCGCCACAUACUGUAUCUAACACUGCAUCCGGCAACAUCCUGUAUAUACGCUCCAUUUGUUCCGAUCUUAUAACCGUACAACUGAGCCUUUAUAUCAAUCAGAAAACCUAGAAAAAUCUAAUGUAUAAUUAUAAAGAUGCGGUCUAUAUUAUAUUGUAGUGUAAUAUUAGAAGAUUAUACAAUAGAAACUAAUUUGAUAUUAGUUUAAAAGUUAUUUAAGUGUUUUUAUUUGUGUAAUUAAUAACACACGACAAAAUAUUGCCACGUGAAAGCUGCACUUUAUAUUUUGUAAUGCUCAUUAUUUAUAAACGUCACACUAAUGAGUGUUGUCACACGUUACUUAUGAUCGAUAUUACACUGUAAUUAUUCGCAUGCCGUUAUAAUACCGGCUCGUGAUCGUUGUAGGCAGCGGUGCGGGUAUCAAAGUAGUGAUGCAGUAGCGGAGAGUGGAGAUUGGUUAUAGUUCGCCGCCCUGUAAAUACCCCCGCGGCGUUCCGUGUUACUUAGUUGUUAUUUAUAUUUAAACAAAAAAUAUAAUUAUUAUUUGUAAUGUUUACUAAUGAAUUUUACCCGUUGAUAUAUCGAGUGAUUUGUUUUUGUCCAAUCAAUAUUGAAAAUGAAUAAUUAAUCCUCUUGCAUUCCACGUUAUUUUUAGUGAAAGUUUUUAAUUCGGUAACGUCAUACUCGUGAACAAUACGUUAUUAUUUUAUAAUAUAUAUUUAAACUCAGUAUUAUUAUACGAUUUAUAUUAUAUCGCCGCAGUAGACAGAGACAGCACGCUCGCCUAAUGUACGUAGUGGCCGUCGUUUUGUUCAGUAAGAUGUGUACAAAUUAUAAUCUAUGCAAUAAAAGUAUAUUCUUGCUGUUUGAAUUUCAUGUGACGUUAAGUGUUGAGAGGAGACGGAAGUUAAAUAAAUAAUUAUAUAAAUC